AUGACAAUAUACUCUUUAUACAUAUACGAUCGUCAUUGUGAUUGUGUAUAUUAUCAAGAUUGGCAUCGUACAUCUCCUAUACGACCACCACCUUUCACUAACUUUCGUCCUGGUGUACAUCGAAUCCCUUCUCCACAAUCCAUAACGACGAAAGAAAGUAUCUUCAACACUAAACGUGUAUCGGCUUUGGAAGAUGUGGAAAGGGUCGGGAAUAGGGAAUUGAAAGGAUUACCUUUUGAUGAAGAAUCAAAAUUGGUUUAUGGUGUGAUUUUAAGUUUGAGAAAUAUGGUGAAGAAAUUAUCUGGAAGAGACGAAGCUUUCACUUCUUAUCGUACCGCACAAUAUAAAUUACAUCUCUACGAAACUUUAACAGGAUAUCGUUUCGUACUCUUAUCUGAUCCUAACGUCGAUAGUUUAAGAUUCGUUCUUAAACAAAUUUAUACCGGUCCAUUCUUAGAUUAUGUGGUAAGGAACCCAAUGAUCAUUAUGGAUUCUAGAGAAGAAGGUAUAGAUAAUGAUUUGUUCCGAUCUGCUGUAGACCGUCAUAUGCGUAAUCUAUCCAUGUUCUCAUGA